GUUAGGCGACAGUACAAAAUGGCGUCCCCACUGCUAUUCGUAGCGAUCUCGUUGAGAUUCCGCAACGAAUUCGCUGCGCGCUUGUGAAGUGAUCGUUGCGCGCCCGCUCCGCGCUCGUAACCCGCUAGUAUGAUAAGGCCCUUAUUACGCAUUACACUUGUGUCAAUAGUGUGCACGUAUCUUAGCUAUGAAAAAACGUUAAAAGAAAUCAAUCAAUCAACGGCGCUCAAAUGGUAGUUUACAAUUGAUAGGCUGUCAUUUUGACACUUUUGGUGCUGCUCUUUUCAUAUCAUUUUAUAGUAACUUUAUCCACAUAAUGCUGAAUACAACUGAAAAUACAAAAAAUGAUGGAAAUAAAAUGGAGGAAUCUACAGAAGAAACACAACAGGAAGGAUUUCUAGCUUUCCAAUCACAACUUAACAAAGAAUCUAAUAAAAGAAGAGAAACAGAACAGAAAAAAUUAAAUAUUCAGGAAGGAGAAAAACAUAUUUUUAUGGCCAUAAAAAAACAUAUUUUAGGCAAUGGAACAACAGUAUCGUCUAAUGAUAGACAAGAAGAAAACAUCCAGGUAUCAGGAAAGCCAGCUAAGAAAAUUGAUAUUUCGUCUAAUUUGCCUAAGGUGGCGCAUGUUUCUAUAAACUUGCCUGUUGAUGAUAUGAAACAAAGAAAUUCGAUUUUCGGAGGUUCCUAUAGGCGAUCGAGAGGUGAAAGUAUAUCAAAAGAUAUUAGAAAGAUCAAUGUUUCAUCUACAGAAUCUAUAGUAAACCGAAGAAAAUCACAAUUAUCUAGAACCGCAGACAGCGAAGGCUCGUCAGUAGAUAGUGUAGAGGCUAUAGCUUUCGCUCAAGAAAAACAAGACGAAAAUAGCUUUGAUGAUUCAGCUGAAUGGACAAAGUGCGAUAAUAAAACAUCUGUUACCGCGUAUAAAGUACAGAAAAAACAAGAGAGCAUUCAAAAUAUAGUAGAAAGAGAGAAAAAACGCCAGGUAGAGAGAAAAGCGUUGAUCAGUAGAAUGCGAAAAAAUCUACCAACCUACAACAUAACGCAAAUACGUGAAUUGAGACUUCCAUAUCAUGAAGCAAUUUUUGCAAACAUGGAAGAAAAAUCUUAUGUGAGCAGCGUUGCUUUCGGUAAAGAGCUUUUAAAUUUUCAAGACAACCUACGAAAGGACUCACCACAAGGUAGUGUGGCAUUCUCGAAACCGAUGCUGCAAUACGAUAAAGAAAAAUUCACUUUAUUAAUGGAAUCUUUAAGAAAGGCAGAGGAUAACCAUCGGGAGCUUAACUUAAUUGGGGAAUGCGAAGAAUUUUUAAAAUUGUCUAUAUUAUUUGCAUUUGCGGAUGCCGACGAUUGGUGGUGGUUGGGAGAGCAACUUUUAAUUCAAACAAUCAAAAUAUCUUCGAACUACUCAUCUAAAAUUGGAAAUAAAUAUGAAGCUUUGAGUAGAUAUAUAUAUGGGAGAUAUUUAUUGGAGAAACUCAAGGAGUUUAAGAACGCUUCUGUACAGUUGAAAAUAUCGAGAAUGUUAUCUCACGGAAAAGGAUGGUUGUGUAAAUCAUAUUUUCCCGAAUUGAGAGGAACUUUAUUCAUGCAAUGCAGUCAUGGUAUUUAUUAUUGUACGAUACGAGAAGUGAAAUUUUACAUGGGUAAUCAAGAUUAUGACAAAGCUAUCGUUUUGGCUGAACAAGCACGUAAGAGAGCUGCAGAAGCUUGUUAUAAGAACGGCGAGACGCAUGCUUUGGUAUUAAAGGGAAUAUGCGAAAUGGAAACCGGUCAUCUGAAAUCGUCGAUCAGUUCACUGAUGAGAGCUUACAGCAUCCAAAAUCGAUUUGGAACCGUGGAAGGUUUGUGCAAAAUAAGAAUACAUUUAGCAAAAGCUUACCUGAUGGAUAAAUGUGCUAAUUCAUCUUUGAAUGUUUUAUUGGAACUUAAGCGAGACGCCGAACGUUACAAUCUACCUUAUUAUUUAGGACUUGCUUACAAAAAUCUCGGUCAAUAUUAUCUAUUAAUAGGGGAAAACAACAAAGCAUUACCUUUAUUAAAACAAUCUUUGAAAAUAUUCAAAAAAUGCGACAGCACAACUCCAGCUUUCAAAGAAAUCCAAAGUACUGAAACAUUAAAAGUUAUAUCGGGAGGUUUGCAGUUAUUUCCGAAAUAUGUUAGUUUGUUGGUGGAUGUUGACAUAUUUGGUGUCGUUCGAAGUGAUAGUCUAAAAGCGUUGUUGUUAUGGAAAGAAAACAGGACGCCAUUUUGGAGUGAUAAAGAUCAUUUAAUUACUUACAAUUCCUGCGAGGAUAUACUUACGGAAAGUGUAAGAAGAGUGUGUGAAAGCAGAGCCAACUUCUUUGAUAAGAACUUAAAAGAAAUUGCAAAACAUUAGUUUUGGAUAUUUAUUUGUAUUAAUAAGAUUGAUGAACCUAAAUAA